AUGCCGUCCGGAACAGGCGUCGUCGACGCAUUCAAGAGCGAGUCCAUCACCCUCUCCCAUCUCAUUCGCCACGGCAAGAACCACCGCCAACACGACGACGCUGCACCAUACGCCCAGCCACACUACCAGCCCGCCGCCGCUCAGCCGCAGCGCCAGCGCGACGCGGCGGUCGCACAGCCCCAGCAGCAGCAGCAGCAGCAACACCAGCAGCAGGCCCAGCGCCAGCACAAGGACAACCCCAAGUUCAAGGAGCAGAUCGAGUCCAUCGUCCAGGAGGAGCGCGAGGCCAAGGGCAGGAUGCCCACCUACAAGGGCCUCGAGAACUACCAGCUGCUCGACAAGAUGGGAGACGGCGCGUUCUCCAACGUGUACAAGGCCAUCGAUCUGCGAACAGGCCAGAGGGUCGCGGUGAAGGUGGUUCGGAAGUACGAGUUGAGCGCAUCACAGGCUGGUGAUAAGCAUUUGAACCGCGAGUUCAAAAAGAAACCGCGGGUGACAGAGCGCGCGAACAUCCUCAAAGAGGUGCAGAUCAUGCGGGGUAUCACCCACCCAUCAAUAGUUAAACUCUACGCGUUCUUCGAGUCACCAGAACACUACUUCCUUAUCCUCGAGCUCCUGGAGGGCGGCGAGCUUUUCCAUCAGAUCGUGAAGCUGACGUACUUCAGCGAGAAUCUCGCACGGCACGUCAUUCUGCAGGUGGCACAAGGCAUCCGGUAUCUUCACGAAGAACGUGGUGUCGUCCACCGCGAUAUCAAGCCGGAAAAUCUGCUCUUCGAGCGGAUCCCCGUCGUGCCAAGUAAGAACCCACACCAGAAGCAGUUCGAAGAGGAUAAGGAAGACGAGGGCGACUUCAUCCCGGGUGUCGGUGGCGGCGGCAUCGGGCGAGUGAAGAUUGCGGACUUUGGCCUGAGCAAGGUCGUAUGGGACGAGCAGACGAUGACCCCGUGCGGGACGGUAGGGUACACCGCCCCAGAGAUCGUGAAGGACGAGAGGUAUAGCAAGAGUGUAGACAUGUGGGCGCUUGGAUGUGUCCUGUAUACCCUCUUGUGUGGGUUCCCGCCGUUCUACGACGAGAGCAUCAACGUGCUCACGGAGAAGGUCGCGCGAGGUCAAUAUACCUUCUUGAGCCCUUGGUGGGACUCAAUAAGUACAUCAGCGAAGGACCUCAUUACGCACCUUCUCUGUGUGGACCCAGCGCAGCGCUUCACCAUCGAUGAGUUCCUCGCACACCCGUGGUGUACUGCAGCUCCUGCACCACCACCGCCCCCGACUCCCCUCCCGGAUGCCAUGCCCCUGGACUCACCGCUCCUGGCUGCGGCGCGCAUCGGCGAGGCCCACGGGAUGCGCUCACCGGGGCUCGCGCAGCUUAAGGAGGCGUUCGAUGUCACGUACGCAGUACACCGCAUGGAGGAGGAGGGCGCGCGGAGACGUGCACAGAAGGGCGGUGCGAACCGCGGGUUCCUCAACAAUCUCAACGAGGACGACGAAGAGGAGGAGGAGCAACCGACCAUUGCGCGCCGGCAGCAGCCGCACGCAGCAGCCCCCGCGGCGGGCCAAGCGGGCAUCGGCGCAGGCGCGAAGGCAGCGGCGAGGCGUGCGGUGGCGGAGGCCCACGAUGGGCGGGCGGGCACGAGGGACCGGGGGCGCAACCGGCAGCACCCGUUUGAGCUCGAUAUGGAUGGUGCGACGCUGUUGGGGAGGAGACAUCAACGGACCGCAGGCGCGGGCGCGGACAUGAGCAGCCCGCUCGGGAGGGUCCUCCAGCAGCCGAAGGAUCUGGUGGACGUGCCGGGGAGCCCGAUGCGCAUUGAUUAG